AUGUCCCCAACAUACACACUACACGAAGUCACGACUCGCGCCGAAUCAGACGCAAUUGUCGGUUUAGCUUGGGUUGCCUGGCGCGAACCCUACAUAUCGUCUUUCCAACUUUUCCAUCCAGUACAUGGUCCCACAGCUCAAGAUCACGAGGCGGCUGUCUUGGCCGACAAGGAGAGAGCAUGGAAUACUCAUUUGGCAUACAAGGAGGGUGUUAGCCAUUGGAUUUAUGUGGUCGACCAGAGUAAUGGUGCAGUAAUCGGUGCUUCUCAGUGGCUCAUAUUUACAGAGACGCCAUGGCCCAAAGAGCUCCCCAAGAUAGUUGCAACUUGGUGGCCGGAAGGAGAAGGUAGGAAUUUCGCAAUUGAGUUUGUGAGACAGUGUUAUACACCUCGGCAACAAUGGAUGAAUAGACCUCAUAUAGCUCUGAAUCAAACUUCAGUACAUCCAAAGUACAGAGGAAAAGGUAUCGGCACACUUCUCAUGGACUGGGGCACCAAUAUGGCAGAUAAGUUAGGAUUGGAAGGAUUCAUCGAGGCAUCAGACAACGGCCGCAGUCUCUAUGAAAAACAUGGAUUCAGAACUCUCAUGAAAUUGUGA